AUGUCAUCAGACAACUACAACUUCGCCGACGUUUUUCAAGCUGUCUUCAUCUCAAAGCAGAAGCCAGCACCGGAGCCCAUCGCUGAAAAAAUGAAGGCUCUCAUUCAAAGCUACCCCCCGUUGGGUCAAUAUACGCAGGUUUCGAAUGGACGCCUCACAGUGACUGCAGUUCUCGAGAUACCUGCGUCCCGCGCAAAUGAGCCGUGGGAGGUUGCUCUAUGGCACUCCAGUGAUGGAGCUGAGUGGGCUGAGACUGUUCUCGCUCGUGUUCUCAACGAAAACGCUCCGACGACCUUGCAGACGGUCCCGGACCACGUUCGGCGGCUUUUCUACUCCGCUUCCAUUGCGUUCAACAAAUCGCUCCAAUUCACCCUCAAAUUCCGGCACAGCAACAGUGAACCUUGGAGGUGGACCCGUGACGAGCUUGGAGUUGGUGAUGGUACGGUGGUCCUGAAUGCGAAGCCCGUGUUCGAGAGCGUUUCCGAACGCUUCGACGACAUUGUCCCUGAUCUGAACCCUGCAUGGGAAGUGAAAUCCUUGAUGAGCCAAUGCCCUGGGACUCGGCUAUGGUCUCUGAAGGCCGCCGUAGACGGCGUCGAGGGGGAUGUUUCGCAGCUUGCCGACUUCUCGUUGGGCGUGCCAUGGGGAGGCUUCCUGAGAUGGUUUGCCCUCAUUCGUAUCUGGUCACCGUGGCUGGCUCCUCGCCAUGGGAGGGAUUCGCUUGCUCUGGAUAAAGACGGCGUGCUCUGUUCGUUCCUGAGCCCGGAGGGAAAACACUUGGUCUUUCUCGCCGUCAGUGGGGUCAAUAAUGUUCUUUCUGUUUUCCGAAACAACGAAUCCGGGCAACUAUCUGUCCAUGUGCGUAUUGCCUCGCUCGAUGAUUGUUCAUUCCCGUAUGCUCACAACAUGCAGGCUCGCAAUGACGGCAUACACUCCGAGUCAGCCAUCAUUCUGGCUGCCACAGGUGACAAUUUUGAGAGCGCCAACGCUGCUGUCAUGUACCAGGCCCGGAACUAUAUUCUGCAGGAGAAAAAGGCGAGCAAUGAGCUACUGGCGGAAAUGAAGGCUAUCGAUGAAGGCGUUAAGCCGGAAUGGAUGGAGAAUUGGUAUGACGGGUUGGGUUACUGCACUUGGAAUGCUCUCGGACAGCGCCUGACGGAAGAAAAGGUGCUAAAUGCUCUCGACAAGCUCGAGGAGAACAACAUCAAAGUCACCAGCCUCAUUAUCGACGACAAUUGGCAAACCAUUGACUACAGAGGACAUGGUCAGUUCCAACACGGCUGGGUCGAAUUUGAGGCCGACCCAAAAGCAUUUCCAAAGGGGUUGAAAGCCACGGUAGCGCAAAUCCGGCAGAACCACCCGCACAUUCAACACAUUGCCGUUUGGCAUGCUCUCCUAGGGUACUGGGCGGGAAUUUCACCCGACGGUAAGAUUGCGCAGCAAUACAAAACAGUAGAUGUCAUUAGAGAGGACGCCGAGCGACGCAACCUGCCCCUCGGAGGCAAGAUGACUGUAGUGGCCAAAGAGGAUGUGGACAGGUUCUACAAUGACUUCUACAAGUUUCUCUCAGACUCUGGGAUACAGGGCGUCAAGACAGACGCUCAAUUUAUGACAGACACAUGGACUUCGGCCAGCGCGCGUCGCGAGUUGAUCGACGCCUACCUCGAUGCGUGGACGAUAUCUUCUCUGCGGCAUUUCAGCAUCAAGACCAUUUCCUGCAUGUCGCAGACGCCGCAGAUCAUGUUUUAUAACCAGAUGCCGCGCAACCGGCCCGCGAUUCUCUGCCGCAACUCAGACGACUUCUUCCCCGAGAUCCCGGCCUCGCACCCCUGGCACGUCUGGACCAAUGCACACAACAGUCUACUCACGCAGCACCUCAACGUCCUGCCCGACUGGGACAUGUUCCAGACUGUGCACGACUACUCGGGUUUCCACGCCGCGGCGCGCUGUGUCAGUGGAGGGCCGAUCUACAUCACCGACGUCCCCGGUCAGCACAAUUUGGAUCUGAUCAAGCAGAUGACGGGGCCGACGAUCCGCGGCAAGACUGUCAUCUUGCGGCCCAGCGUAGUGGGAAAGACCACAGAUCCUUACACGGGAUAUGAUGACGACGGUCUGCUCAAGGUUGGAAGCUACCACGGCGCCGCUGUUACGGGAACCCCGAUUCUCGGCGUGUUUAACGUCUCGGCGCGGCCGCUGACGGAGAUCCUUCCCCUCGCCUCCUUCUCCGGGGUCCUGCCAUCCAUGCGCUACGUUGUUCGGGCGCACUCUACCGGGAAAGUCAGCCCGCCCGUAUCCCCCGGCUCUACCGCUUCCUCUCUGACGGUGUCUCUGGAUACUCGCGGAUACGACAUCUUCACCGCCUACCCGCUUUCGAGCUUCGACAGCGAAGUCAAAGGCAAGGUGUGGACGGCUAACUUGGGUUUGGUGGGCAAGAUGACGGGCGCGGCCGCCAUUCUAAACAGCGAUUUCCUGUUGCGACACGAUGGCAAGGUCGAGCUCAAAACUCGCCUCAAGGCGCUCGGCGUCCUCGGUCUCUUCAUAUCCAAGCUGCCAGAGUUGACGAUAGGCGACGACUUUCUCAUCACCAUCCAAAACCAAGUGAUCCCCGUGCACACUGUGUCCAUCAGCAAGAGCCACGACUCCGUUAUCGAGAUUGACAUUGAAAAGGCAUGGUAUGAAAUGGGUCUUCACCCCGGCUGGAGCAACGAGGUUGAGAUUACGGUCAUCUUUGCAAUUGACCAUGAAGGGUCCGGGGACGCCUAG